AUGGCCGAUUCACUUUCUGAAGACCAGGUCUCCGAGUUCAAGGAAGCGUUCUCCUUGUUUGACAAAGAUGGUGAUGGCCAAAUCACCACUAAGGAAUUAGGAACCGUCAUGAGAAGCUUAGGACAGAACCCUUCCGAGUCUGAACUCCAGGACAUGAUCAAUGAGGUUGAUGCCGACAACAAUGGGACUAUCGAUUUUCCUGAAUUCUUAACCAUGAUGGCUCGUAAGAUGAAGGACACAGACAGCGAAGAGGAAAUUAGAGAGGCCUUCAAAGUCUUCGACCGUGACAACAAUGGAUUCAUUUCCGCCGCCGAACUAAGGCACGUAAUGACUUCCAUCGGGGAGAAGCUCACCGACGAUGAGGUCGAUGAGAUGAUCAGGGAAGCAGAUCAAGACGGUGAUGGAAGAAUCGAUUACAACGAAUUUGUACAGCUUAUGAUGCAGAAAUAA